AUGAAGUUCACUCAGGUCAUUGCAUUUUCCACCCUUCUCCUGGGAGUGUGUGCACUUCCCGAGACUGACGGAAACGCCCCUAGCUGUGUUCUGGCUAAACUCCUGCAGAAGGUCGCCCGUUUUGCCCAGCCUGAGACUGAGGGCAACGCCCCCAGCAAAGUUGCUCGCUUCGCCCAGCCCGAGACUGAGGGCAACGCCCCCAGCAAGGUUGCUCGCUUCGCCCAGCCCGAGACUGAGGGUAACGCCCCCAGCAAGGUUGCUCGCUUCGCCCAGCCUGAGACUGAGGGUAACGCCCCCAGCAAGGUUGCUCGCUUCGCCCAGCCUGAGACUGAGGGUAACGCCCCCAGCAAGGUUGCUCGCUUCGCCCAGCCUGAGACUGAGGGCAACGGCCCUAGCAAGGUUGCUCGCUUCGCCCAGCCUGAGACUGAGGGUAACGCCCCCAGCAAAGUUGCUCGCUUCGCCCAGCCCGAGACUGAGGGUAACGCCCCCAGCAAGGUUGCUCGCUUCGCCCAGCCUGAGACUGAGGGUAACGCCCCCAGCAAAGUUGCUCGCUUCGCCCAGCCUGAGACUGAGGGUAACGCCCCCAGCAAGGUUGCUCGCUUCGCCCAGCCUGAGACUGAGGGUAACGCCCCCAGCAAGGUUGCUCGCUUCGCCCAGCCUGAGACUGAGGGCAACGGCCCUAGCAAGGUUGCUCGCUUCGCCCAGCCUGAGACUGAGGGUAACGCCCCCAGCAAAGUUGCUCGCUUCGCCCAGCCCGAGACUGAGGGUAACGCCCCCAGCAAGGUUGCUCGCUUCGCCCAGCCUGAGACUGAGGGUAACGCCCCCAGCAAAGUUGCUCGCUUCGCCCAGCCUGAGACUGAGGGUAACGCCCCCAGCAAGGUUGCUCGCUUCGCCCAGCCUGAGACUGAGGGUAACGCCCCUAGCAAGGUCGCUCGCUUCACCCAGCCUGAGACCGAGGGCAAUGCCCCCCGAAUAGACAGUGAUAAGGAGCAGGUAAAGGCUAUGAAUUAG